GAAUUCUCUAAUAUUUACUUACAUUCUUGUGGUGGAGAAGGAGGGUUUAUCGACUUUAUCUCAUCUUCUAAUUCCAGGUUCUUAACACACAUUUUUAGUAUGUCCUUUGCCCAGCUCUGGUCAUGGAGAUACCUGGAGUCAGAGAUAGACACAUCACACUAUUUUCCUAGUUCUUCUGUUUUCUCUUUAUAAAACUGCCUAAUAUUUAAAAUGAUCAUAUGAGCACAGAUAAUAUUAAAAAAAAAAAGAACAGCAUUUCACCUCUUUCAAGAAUAAAAAAAAGCUUACGUUCAGCUCUAUCAGAUUCAGAUUUUUAUUUAUUUAUUUUUUAAUAACCAAAUAAUACACAUACAGAGGACACAAGUUUUGUAGUGCCCUCAAUUCCUCUCCUUCCCUUCCACAGAUGACAUUUGCCUCUGGUGCUGAAGCUGCUGCUGAUCCAGCGACCACACAUUUGAUUGUCUUAUCAUUCUUCUUUUCCAUCAGCUUCAUGAACAAUAUGGAACCCAGAAACCAAACAGGAGUUUCAGAGUUCUUUCUUCUGGGAUUAACAGAAGAUUCAGAACUCCAGCCCCUUCUCUACAACAUCUUUCUGUUCAUGUACCUGGUGACCAUCAUGGGAAACCUGCUUAUCAUCCUGGCUGUCAGCUAUGACUCCCACCUCCACACUCCCAUGUACUUCUUUCUCUCUAAUCUGUCCUUUACAGAUAUCUGUUUAAGUACAACGACAGUCCCAAAGAUGCUGGUGAACAUCAAGACACAGAGAAAAUCUAUCACUUACACAGGCUGCCUCACCCAGGUAUAUGCUGUUCUGGUAUUUGGAGGUUUUGAAAAUUUUCUCCUUGGAGUAAUGGCCUAUGACCGCUAUAUAGCCAUUUGUCACCCGCUGACCUACACGAUCAUUAUGAACCCCCACCUCCUUUGCCUGCUGAUUCUACUCUCUUUGUUCAUUAGCAUCAUAAAUGCCCUGGUCCAUAGUCUAAUGUUGUUGCCACUGUCUUUCUGCACAAACCUGGAAAUCCCCCACUUCUUCUGUGAACUUGCUCAGGUUCUCAAACACACUUGUUCCAAUAUCUUCAUCAAUAACCUGGUGCUAUAUUUUAUGACAUGCAUAUUUGGUGGUAUUACUCUCUCUGGGAUCAUUUUCUCUUAUGCCCAAAUUGUCUCCUCCAUUCUGAGAAUGCCAUCAAGGGGUGGAAAGUAUAAAGUUUUUUCCACCUGUGGAUCUCAUCUCUCAGUUGUUUUCUUGUUCUAUGGGACAGUCUUUGGGGUGUAUAUUAGUUCUCCAUUUACACACUCUUCCUGGAAGACAGCAGUAGCCUCAGUGAUGUACCUUGUGGUCCCUCAAAUGAUGAAUCCUUUUAUCUACAGCCUGAGGAACAGGGACAUGAUGGGAGCCUUGAGAAAAAUCAUUGGUAGGAUACCUCCUUUUUAGUGAUUGUGUCUUCUGCUUUGAGCUUGGGUUUCUAGAAUGAGUAAAAGUAAAAGCAACACUGGCGAGACAGAAUUCCUAACUUUUCGUUCAGCAAGUUCUUCUAAAUUGACUAGAGGACAUAAUGGCUAAGUAUUAUAUUAAUGAGUCAAAAAUGUCCUCUGCUUAUUGGCCCCCAGUUGUUAACUUAUUCAUAGCAGGCUCAAAAGAGUCUGCCAAUGUCAAACUCUAAUUUGUUCCUAACCGACCAUUUUAUAAAUCACCCAAAUAAGCAGAAUUUCACCAACUUAGAGCCUGCCUCCUUUACUUACCCCACAAAAAUGCACCCAGCGUCUGCUAUCCAUCGAUGAGGUAAAACCCUGUAGGUAUAAGGAUGCUAGUGUCCUGCUACCUUUGGAGUUCCUCUGAUAGAGAGAUGUUCCACAUUGCUACAGUUAGUAACCUCAUAGGGACAUGUAACCUCCUUCCUUCCUUCUGCUUUUUCCUGGGAGUUUUUACACCUUCUUCCUCUUCUGUCAUCUCUCUGUACCUCUUGCUCUGGAUGACCUCCUGCUGUAGAAGAUUACACCCUACUUGUAGCUGUCAAUGCG